CUUUUAUUCCCUUUUUGUUUUCCCCUCUUCUCUAAACUAUGCCAACUGAUUCUCUUCUUAAAGCAGCUGCCAUCGGCGUUGGAUCCGUUUUAGGGUCCAUGUAUUUGGAUGCACGAUUCCAUCUUAGCAAAGAUCUUGGUAUUGUACAUAAAGCUUUACAAACAAGAAGAGCUACUGAGCGAAUUGUUGCAGAAGGUCGUACAAACGUAUACUAUUACUUUAAAGAAAAGGCGAAGGCAACUCCGGACGAUAUAUUUUUGGUCUUUGAAGAUAAAAAUUAUACAUUCCGUGAUAUUGAAAAAGCUUCCAAUCGCUUGGCACAUUGGUUAUUGGAAAAAAAUGUCCAAUAUCAAGAUCAUGUUUGCAUGAUGCAACAAAAUCAUCCUUCAUUUAUCAUUCUAUGGUUCGCUAUUCUUAAGAUUGGUGCUGUAGCUGCUUUUAUCAACAACAAUUUAACUGAAGAUUCAUUAUGGCACUGUAUCAAGGUGGCUGAAGCGAAAAUUUUGAUUUUUGAUCCUAAAUAUGAAACUCAAGUAUCUACCAUUUUAUCCAAAGUUCCUCCAUUCUUAUCCAUGUAUACUUAUGGUGAAGCAACUCAAUAUGAUGAAUUUCCCUCCUUCUCUUUUGCUCCUUCUUUGACUCCUUCUGUCCUUGCCAACUACUCUGAUGAUGAUGUUAGUGAAGAUUAUAUCAAGCGAACGACAGAAAAUGAUCGAGCCAUGUUGAUUUAUACAAGUGGUACUACUGGUAUGCCAAAAGCUGCUCCCAUCAAUCAUUCACGUGCAAUGCUAGGAGCUGUUACUUUUUGUCUUACUAUGAAUAUUCUACCCUCUGAUCGUAUAUACGCCGUUUUACCUUUAUAUCAUAGUUCUGCAAGUAUCAUCGCAACAUUAGCACCACUUUAUGGAGGUGCGACUGUCAUUCUUGGUCGAAGAUUCUCUGCUAGGCAUUUUUGGGAUGAAGUAAUACAUAACAAGGUGACUGGAUUUAUCUAUAUUGGGGAAAUGUGUCGCUAUUUGCUUAGUCAACCUCCUUGUCCUCAAGAAAAACUACACAACGUCCGAUUUAUAUGUGGUAAUGGUAUGCGACCUGAUGUAUGGAGUCGCUUCCGAGAACGAUUCAAUAUCCCUCGUAUUAUUGAAUUCUAUGCCUCAACUGAAGGACCUGGUGGUUUCUACAAUGACAAUACUAGCGAAUAUGGUGCUGGUGCUAUUGGUCGUCGUGGUCCUUUAAUUCGUAUAUUAUCUCCUCAAAUCAAGCUUGUUAAAGUUGAUCCUAUUACAGAAACACCAGUACGAAAUGCCAAUGGUUUUCUAGUUCAGGCUGAUUUUGAUGAAGAAGGUGAAAUGAUCGUACAAUUGGAAUCACAAUCUGGUAUAUCAUUACGAUUUGAUGGUUAUUACAAUAAUAAAGCAGCAACAAACAAGAAACUGAUUAAGGAUGCAUUUAAAAAAGGUGACAUUUACUAUCGAUCUGGUGAUCUACUUCGACUUUCUGGUGAAGGCUUUGUAUACUUUGUGGAUCGCAUAGGUGAUACUUUCCGAUGGAAAUCUGAAAAUGUAGCUACAACUGAAGUUGCUCAUGCUGUCAGUACUUUCCCUGGUAUUUUGGAAGCGAAUGUAUAUGGUACUUUAGUUCCUGGUCAUGAUGGUCGAGCUAGUAUGGCAGCAAUUUGUGUACAAGAUGAAAAUACCUUUGAUUUUAAAGGUUUGGCAGCCCAUUUGAAAAACAAACUUCCUUCUUAUGCCGUUCCUCUUUUCCUCCGUAUUGUGCCCUCCAUGGAAACAACUGGUACAUUUAAACAGCAAAAAGUCAACUUUAGAAAUCAAGGUAUCGACUUGAGCAAGAUUCCAGAAGAUGAACAUAUUUACUGGCUUCGUGGUGACAAUUAUAUCCGUUUUGAUGCUCAAGGAUAUGACAGUAUCAAGGCUGGUAAGGCGAAGUUAUAGAACAGUGAAUUUUAUAUAUCUUUUUAGUUUUAGUAUUAUUGUGCACACUAUUCUCUUUCUCUCUCUCUUUUUUUUUUUUUUUUGAAAA